GCACUCUGCAGUCGUACGCAGAUGGGGUCCUCCGACUACACAUUGCCGCGGUGCAUGCUGGGUUCUUCCUUUCCAAUCCCUGACUCGCUUCUGCAAUCAUGGGAAAGUGUCGUGGUCUGCGUACCGCCAGGAAGCUCCGCAAUCACCGGCGUGAGCAGAAAUGGCAUGACAAGCAGUACAAGAAGGCUCACCUGGGGACGGCCCUGAAGGCCAACCCCUUCGGAGGAGCCUCUCACGCCAAGGGCAUCGUCCUGGAGAAAGUUGGUGUCGAGGCCAAGCAGCCCAACUCUGCCAUCAGGAAGUGUGUGAGAGUCCAGCUCAUCAAGAACGGCAAGAAGAUCACGGCCUUCGUCCCCAAUGACGGUUGUCUCAACUUCAUCGAGGAGAACGACGAGGUUCUGGUGGCCGGUUUUGGUCGUAAGGGUCAUGCCGUGGGAGACAUCCCUGGAGUUCGUUUCAAGGUCGUCAAAGUGGCCAACGUGUCUCUGCUGGCGCUUUACAAAGGCAAGAAGGAGAGACCCAGGUCAUAAACCGUGGAGACAGAAACUGAAAUAAACACAUUUUCAAUUACA